GAAUUAUUGCCACCAAUAAUUCAUCACAUUAUGUAGAUGUACUACAGUUAGAAAAAUUUCAUUGUGCUCAUCAUAUUAUAAUAUUAUUAUCUACUAUCUGAUAAUACGCGAUUAAUCAAAAAUGGCACCUGCUAAGGCGAUGAAAAAGUCACCGGCUAAAGUGCAAAAAAACGUGGCCAAGUCUGUUGGCAACAAAAAGCGAAAGACCAAGAGAACGCAAACGUACGGCAUCUACAUAUACAAAGUGCUGAAACAAGUGCACCCCGACACCGGCAUCUCGUCAAAGUCCAUGAGCAUCAUGAACAGUUUCGUCAACGACCUUUUCGAGCGUAUCGCCGGCGAGGCUGGCCGUCUGGCCCAUUACAACAAGCGUCCGACGAUCACCAGUCGGGAGAUCCAGACGGCCGUCAGACUUUUGUUGCCUGGUGAAUUGGCCAAGCACGCUGUCAGUGAAGGGACUAAAGCCGUCACAAAGUAUACCAGCUCCAAAUCAUGAAUGUAUUAAUGUAAAAUAUUUAAAAAAGUAACUCCUAAUUUUCUCACAAACUAUCUAUGUAUUAUAUCGUAUAAAAAGGCUCUUCUCAGAGCCACUA